AUGGCUCCCCGUGGUGGCAUUGCCCCUGCCGGCGAGGGUCUGUCCUGCGCUGAGUACUCGCUGCCGGUGACCAAACGGCCUGAUGCGGACGUCGACCAGGGACUGAAACUUUCAUCCUACUAUAAAGGAGGAUUUGAAGAGAAAAUGAGUAGGCGAGAAGCUAGUCUUAUUUUGGGUAUAAGCCCAUCUGCUGGCAAGGCCAAGAUUAGAACAGCUCAUAGGAGAAUCAUGAUCUUGAAUCACCCAGAUAAAGGUGGAUCUCCUUACUUAGCAACCAAAAUAAAUGAAGCAAAACCUUGCUAGAAGCAACCACCAAACAUUGAUUGAUGCUUAAGAAUCACUCUGAAGGAAAAAAAGGGGGAAUAUAAAAC